AGGCAGCCCCAGCGCGCCUGCGCGGAGCGGCCCUGGGCGCAGUGAGCCAGUGGCGGGGGAAGGCACCGGUGGGGCCGACGGGCGGGUUGAAGGAGGGAAGCGGGCGAGCGAAGUCCCAGUGCGCGCCGCGGCGGCACGGGUACCCUCCCCUUCCGGGCGUGAGGCGCUGUGAGGAAAGCUGAAGCGAGCGGACUCACACCGGCAGCGAGGCGCCGCUACCGCCGCCCCAGCCCAGCCUCCCUCGGCUUCGGCGCUCCCGUCGUGGGGGUCCGGGUUCCUCAGCACACCCAGCUCCAGCAGCCCCAGAGCCUGUCCCCAGUCCUUCGAAAGCCCCGGCGCCAGUCCGGGCCCUUGGCGGGGAGGAUGACGGAGCUGCAGUCGGCACUGCUACUGCGAAGACAGCUGGCAGAACUCAACAAAAAUCCAGUGGAAGGCUUUUCAGCAGGUUUAAUAGAUGACAAUGAUCUCUACCGAUGGGAAGUCCUUAUUAUUGGUCCUCCAGAUACACUUUAUGAAGGUGGUGUUUUUAAGGCUCAUCUCACUUUCCCAAAAGAUUAUCCUCUUCGGCCUCCUAAAAUGAAAUUCAUUACAGAAAUCUGGCAUCCAAAUGUUGAUAAAAAUGGUGAUGUGUGCAUUUCUAUUCUUCAUGAGCCCGGAGAAGAUAAAUAUGGUUAUGAAAAGCCAGAGGAACGCUGGCUGCCUAUUCACACCGUGGAAACCAUCAUGAUUAGUGUCAUUUCUAUGCUGGCAGACCCUAACGGCGACUCGCCUGCUAAUGUGGACGCUGCGAAAGAAUGGAGAGAAGACAGAAAUGGAGAAUUCAAAAGGAAAGUCGCCCGCUGUGUAAGAAAAAGCCAAGAGACUGCUUUUGAGUGACAUUUAUUCAACAGCUGUAACUUCACUUAUUUCAGGGUCUCCAAUGAGAAACAUGGCACUGUUUUUCCUGCACUCUACCCACCUAUUGCUGGACUUCUGAUGUAACAAGUUGGCAAACACUGGCUGGAACUGGGCUGCAAUAAAACAUGCCAGUAUCAAUGCUGACAAGAGCCUAACAAGUGCCAACUUACAGAUGAUUACGCAUUUUGAAUUCUAAUGAACUGUUUUAACCUUCAGGAAGAAUUGUAAAGACCUGUACAUAGCACAACAUGAUCCGGAUAAUAUAUAUACUGUUCAUGUACAUCCACAAAUACACCUUGUACCAAAUAAUGCUUUCUUGUAGUAGAAUAAGAAUCGUGUAAAUUCUCAAAGAUUUUAGCAGGUUUUCUUUCCCUAUUCAUUGUUUCUUAUCAGUUUAAAAAAAAAAAAAAAAACUCCUUAAAGCAUGUCAGAUGAAGAGCAAUUAGGAUUAAAAGUAUCCAUUUAAUUUCCUUUAAACCAUUGAGGCUUCAUUAAACUCUUUCACUUACUAAACUUUUGUAUCUUCUUUGUUUUGACACACUCCCCUUUGCUUUUAUCUCUUCUCUCUGCCAGGAAGUUUUCAAGUCAGUUCAAAUACUGAACUACUCAAUAAGCAACUACUUGAUUUUUACUGAUGACUUCAGGGGAAUGGUCAUCACUAGGUGCUUUGUCCCUUUUGUAUUACACUCGCACCCAUCUCUUGGAUUGGAUGUAGCAAUAACAUUUUUUGUUGAGAGCUCUUGAAUUCAGUCAUUAUCCCCAAGAACUAAAAGGAGUUGGUUCUGAAUUCAAUUCAGAUUUCAAAUGACCGAAAUUUAUCCCGAACAAUGCAAAAUCCAGGUUUUAUUUUUGCCCUUCAGUUGUCUAAUGUGAAGGUUGGAUGAAUAUAGCAUGCACAGCUACAGGCUUUCUACUUAGCUUCUGGGUUUGCUAUUAAAAAUGCUGUUUGCCCUCAUUCCCUUCUCCUCAGCCCUUCAUAUUUCUUUGCCUCUAUUCUUCUAUACUGCAGAUUUUCCCCCACCUAUUGUACAAAGAAAUUGCGAUGUAUAUUUUCAUGUAAUUUGAUUUUGGAAUUCUGUCACCUUAUGUAGUGAGUUCUUCCAAAAUAUAAUUUUUUUCCAAUAAUUGUCAAGUUGUUGGCUUUUAUUGUAUUGAAUGAAGGUUAUAAUACUGAGUGCCAGAGAAGUGCAGUUUAGAGAAAUCUCAGGUUGAUUCCUUAUGCAAACAAACUUAAUACUUGAAAAUCACUUGGCCAUGGCAGUAUAUGUAUUGGACUCUAUAUAGAUUCUUAUAUGAAUCUCAAAGCAAUAUAGGGAUAUAAAUGCUCUGUUUGCUAUUGACAUAUUCUGUCACUGACAUAGUGCACUUGGAUUUUAUUAAUGUUUGAGCAUAAGUAUAUUUCAUAAAUUUUCUAAAACAGCAUCAGGAAAUGGUAAAAUGAGCAUGUACGGUGUUGAAGGCGGGCCCAGGUCUCUCUGUGUUUGGUGUAGGGUUGGGACUAGGAAGUAGUCUUUGGUAUAUAAGGGACAGAACUUGAGACAGUACCAGAUGGAACAUGGCAUUUGUGAGAAUCAGGGAUGCAUCUCUGCUUUGUGGGAUUUGAAAAAAUGCUUUGGCAGAAGAGGGAAAGGAUUCCAAGUAGCCGGUACUUUAUAAAUUUUGCAUGUCUUUUUUUAAGCAAAAUAAUUGAGGAUAUAGUUACAGUAAAGAGUGUUUUUUCUAAAGCUCAGUCUGUUCUUCACUCUGAAGCAUUAUAAAAACCCAUAAAUGUGUAAUGACUGAAUGUGAAAUUGUUUGAUUCAUUGCAGCCCAACUUUUUUCAAGAACUUCGCUUGUGACUUUAUUUUUGCAAAGACUGAAAAUUGUUGCCCCAAUGUUCCAGCACUGCAUAACCUACCUGGGACUUUGAAACCCUUUUGUUUUAAAUCAGAAGUUGUUCACAUGAUGGUUGUCUGUGGCAAGAUGGAGUCUGAAUUUUGCUCCCCUGUUGCUGUAAUUCAGCUAGCAAUCAGUUAAGUUAAAACCUGGGAUUUGACUCUUUAGGGAGGAGCAAAUAUCCUAGUACUCAGGGACAGCUAUUCUUUAAGUGCCACUUUAAUGCAGUUACUUUGGUUUAACCAUGUGUGUUUAGGGCUAGAUCUAGGGGAGUAGAAGGAGAACCAGGAGCGAGUGCACCUCUCUUCACACUUUUCCACCCGGUGCCCUGACCCUGCUACAUAUCUUUGAAAUACAGGCCUCCGUAGAUGUCUUUUUCUCUGUCAGAGGUGUCAUCUGUGCCUUUCCCAGUGUUCAUCUGACAGUGAAUCUCAAUGCCUCUACAUUUGAUGUUAAACCACACUCAGGUGACACUGAUCCAUGUGGCUCUUGUCCCGGUAGUGCCUCAUCGUUAGUAUGAGGACAGUUCUCUCUUGCUUUAGGAAAAGGUUUUUUCUCCCUGACCUUGUGCCAACUAUCAGCAACACCUACAUCAUCUUAUGGAUUGUAGAACUGUUGCCUGUUUUCCUAAACUCCUUCCAAGUUCUUACAAAGGCUUAUCUAUUUUUGUGUUCAUAAUGGGAUGGACGAUUUCAGUGGCUUUCUGGCCUCCUUUUGUGAGUUUAAAAUCCAAAUGAGGUUGGUUUCCUUGUCAUUACAAGGUAAUAUCUUUGUGAGGUUAUUCCACUGGUUAUGUGAUCACUUGGGUGUCACAGUAUCUUUAAUGGCCUUCAUUCUUGGUUGUGAAAUUUCAUUUUAUAUGCUCAUUCACCCUCUACAAAUCUACCCAUUUUGGGUUGUGGUGCCUGUGUAUCUUUGCCCGUCUGGUCUCCAGUUGGUGGAAUUACCUUUUUUGUACUGCCACUUCUCAGCAUCUUUGAAAUUUGACAUAAUGUUGCUUCAUUCCAGUUUUUUUUUUCCUUUAGUUUUUGUAAUGUGUUGAUUGUAUUUAACUAUGUGAGUUCUGUUGUGAUGUUUACUGUAUUGUAAAGCACCUUGAUCAUGUGAUGGGUGCUCUAUAAAUCAAUAAAUGAUGACUUAGAGGCUGUAUCAUGAGCUAUUUUGGUUUUAGGAUGCAGGUCCCCAAAGCAAGUUGUGGGACUCUUUCUAUAUAAACAGCACACCAUACCAAAGGAUUCACAGGGGAAUUUUGAUAAAGAAUUUUAAAAAUUUCGUUUAAAGAAGGAACCAGAGUUUCUAUGCAUGCUGAUUUAGAACCUUAAAUAAAAUGAGCACAUGUUAGAGCAUUA